AUGAUAAAGAUAAAAUUUUCCGUUUUAGUGAUAUUAUUUUUAGAUCCAUCCGUUUGUUUGACAAAAUAUUGUGAUAUAUGUCCGGAACACACAUUAUGCAAAUAUGCGGUGUCUGGUCCAAGUCCUCAAUGUGUGGGAUAUGACACGAACGCAUUUCUUACAGAAGAUGAUAUUGGUGCUAUUCUUGACAAAAUAAAUGACCGCAGACACUUUAUUGCAACUGGACGUUCAAGAUUCCUCCCCGCUGCGGCUAACAUGAAAAAGAUUGUGUGGUCCAAAGAACUCGCUACAUUCGCCCAGCGAUGGGUUGACCAAUGCGACCAAUCUCUAAAACCUGACAGAAAGGACAAAUGCCGUGAUUUGGAUGAUUCAGAAGUGGGACAGAGCAUUGUGACAAUAACAGGUUCAUCGAGCUAUGAGAAACUCCGUGUUCAAAGCAUGGUGGAAGUUUGGUUUAUGGAAUCCAUGGACUACACCGGCAGUGUGACGUAUUAUAACCAGUCUCGGGAACAGAAGACUAAUUACUUUACACAAUUAAUAUGGGCUGACACGGAUAAAGUCGGUUGUGGAAAAGCAAGAUUUUUUGUAAAAACGGCAAAGCCUAUUAUAAUCGACAGACUUGUGUGCAACUUUGCACCGAAGGGCAACUUGCACGGAAAGCCCGUAUACACUAUUGGAUAUGCAGCUACCCAUAAUCGAAAAAGAAGCGUGGCAGAAGAGGAAGAAGAAAACUUUAAGCCGUUUUGGCAAAUGGACGAAUACGUAAACAGAAAUCAACCAAAACUAAAGUCCAUGAGAUAUACCACAUUAUCUAACAAGAAUAAUCUAAAAAAUAAAAGAACACGAAAACAACCAAAAACUACUAUGAAAACCGAGUCCAUUACAGUAACUUUCAAAGAUCGUAGUAACAAUGGAAAACGCAUUACAGAAAAAUAUUUAUCAUUUGACGAACUUAUGCAUCUUAGAAAGCAUAAUGCUGAGGUUUCAGGUGGUCGACGCUAUAACGAUGAUAAACAAAUACUUAGAGAAUCUAAUACUUCAACACAAACUACAAGCGAAACUACGACAACUGAAAGCCCAUCAACAGAAGAUACACCAGAAUAUUCCUUUAAUACGCCUUAUAACCGUAUGAGACACUGUACCCGCAAAUUAACUUGUACAUGGACUGCUGCAUCCUUAACGGAUAGUGCAGGUAGCAUUAUUCCAGGAGGGGGUGCUAAUGCAGUCGGUGGCUCUCGGACCCCACCUGGCUAUGUUGAAGGAUGCACACGUACUUCUACAUGUACGCGUGAUUAUAUGAAUAGAAAUAAAAUGGCGACUUUACCUGUUGAAACAACAAACCCCGAACCAGAACCGGGUGAUGACGAAGACUAUUGCGAACGUCGUUCCCUUAACAGACGUUCCAACAACAAUUUAAACACCAUCAAUAGCAUCCACCUCCACUGCAUUAUUAUGUUCUAA